AUGAGUGAACCCAUAAAUAAGCCAGAAGACGAAGAGAUGGACGUUGAGUUUAAUGACGUUGAUGAUCAGAUUGUCCCAGAUGAAUUACCAGAACAAGCACAGAAACAGGACGACCAACAACCCCAACAAUCCCAGAGCCAAACAGCGGAGACAAAGAUCGACACUGGUGAUAGCGCAAAACCUCAAAAUGAUGCUACUUCAUCAACUGCUCAUCCUACAGGUACAGCUAACGGUACCCCACCAGCGUCAGUAAUACCCGAGUUACCAGACCUUACACGUAAAGAUAAAUCGUUAAAGGAAGUGCUCGAUUUGAUGGAUGGCGACUUUGCACCGAUUAUUCCCGACGCGGUAACUGACUAUUAUUUGGCCAAAAAUGGGUUUGAGACAUCGGAUAUAAAGAUUAAACGGUUGUUGGCUCUUGCUACCCAAAAGUUCAUUAGUGAUAUUGCACAGGAUGCGUACGAAUAUAGCAGAAUUAGAAGUGCAAGUGCUGUUUACAAUUCCUCUAAUCCUCAGGUUCGUGCAAAACUAUUACUACAGGGUCAACAAUACGCAAAUCAACAGACCUUGACUGGUAAUGCUAAUAAUAAUGGAGAAGGUGAUCAACAACAAUCACUGCAAUCACAUUCGAACGCAGGUAACCAGCAAGGAAAGAUAGUAUUGACAAUGGAAGAUUUAAGUAAUGCUUUAUCUGAGUAUGGUAUGAACACUUCAAGACCAGAUUUUUACAGGUAA